AUGGCAAUGUCCUAUAUUAUAUUAGAUCCAAAUGAUAUUUCAGUUCAAACUAGUCCACCUGGCACAACAUUAACUACAAAUUCCUAUAAUAAUAUUCGAGCAACAACAAAUGAUGAUAUGGUGACACGAACGAAAAAAAUAUUUGUUGGAGGAUUAUCUGCUAACACAACAGUGGAUGAUGUUAAAAAAUAUUUCGAACAAUAUGGAAAAGUUGAGGAUGCAAUGUUAAUGUUUGAUAAAGCCACACAAAGACAUAGAGGAUUUGGCUUUGUCACAUUUGAAAAUGAAGAUGUUGUUGACAAAGUUGAAUGUAAAAAAGCACAACCAAAAGAAGUCAUGUAUGCACAACAAAUGGCAAAAGGAAAAGCUGCAUUACAGCGAGGAGCAUACGGUGAUCUCUUAAGUGCAUAUGUGUAUGGUUUAAACAGAAUGCCAGCAACCUAUGCCGCACCAAUUUAUCCAUUUUCACCUGGCCAGGCUGCUACUUCAUUUUAUCAACAUUAUUCAUAUCAGAGUGACGCUGCUCGAGCUCGUAAUCGUUUACCAGCCUAUUUUGCAGUUGGUAUUCCUGGUUCUCAAAUUAGUUAUAUUCCAGCAGGAGCCUUACAAACACCAACAUUAACACCUGGUGAACAACGUUAUUUUGAAUAUCCUAUAACAACUCAACAAUUACAACCUGGAAGAGCAGAUGCCAUGGCAUUAUCAAAUGCAAUACAUCGAGAAACAUUACUUCAAAGGAGUGCGAAUGGUACACUCGAUUUUUUUCCACCAGACGGAGCCACAUAUCUACAACCUACGAGUCCAACUUCAACAGGAAUACCCCUAGCUACAUCUCUGAUAGGAGCAUAUGCAAACGGUUUCCAUGGUCAUUAA